UGUUUACGAACAGAGCUGUCAAUAUUUUAUUUUGGUGGUGCUAGUCUGUGUAAUGUUGGACGAAGCGAUUGGAAAAGAAUUGUAAGAUUAAAUAGCAGAUAUUAUGUUGGUGGAGACGGUUUUCGAAUUGUUACAUUCAGAAUUGGUGGCAUACACCACAGAGAACAAGGAAAAUGACUUGUCCACACUCGAAUAUUUGGGCUAUUCAACUGGUUAUCGUCUGAUAGAAAGAUUGACCCGCGAAUAUCCCCGCUUCAAAGACGAACUGGACACGAUGAAAUUCAUUUGUACGGAUUUUUGGACAUCCAUUUACAAGAAGCAAAUCGACAAUCUUCGUACGAAUCAUCAGGGCAUUUAUGUGCUUCAGGACAAUUCAUUUCGAUUUCUCAACAAUUUGUCGAACGGAUCACAAUAUUUGGAAUAUGCACCCAAGUUUGUCGCAUUCACGUGCGGUCUGGUGAGAGGCAGUCUGGCCAAUUUAGGAAUAAACAGUACGGUCACAGCAGAGGUACAUUCCAUGCCAACAUGUAAAUUUCAUAUACAAGUCAAUCGAACAUAAAGUCGAGAUUUUUGGGAAACAGAAAAA